UCCCAAGUCACGAGUCUCAAUCGAAGAGAAACCGUUCAUCAGAUAUCAACCAAGUAAGAGAAAACUUUGAAGCUCUACAAUGGCGACAGUUGCAGGUUCGGAAGAGAAGUCAGAGCUUUCGUCGGGUAAUGACCAACAGAAGCCAUGGAUCGGAUACGCUGUUCAACAGGCUCAGAUCAUGCAGAAAACCCUCGAAGAGACUGUCGAUUCCGCCAUUGAAACCGCUGGUUCUCGUCUUUCUGAAAUUCGCUCCACAUCUUCUGCUCAUUUCCAAAUGACCCUAGAUAUUCUGCAAGAUAUGAAGUCCGAUUACCAUGCUUACGAAGACGUUUUCAUUGGGAAGAUCAAAGAGGGCGUUGUUCUUGCAGCCUCACAUCCAAUGGCUACCUGUGGGGUCGCAGCUGGUCUGGGAUUUCUGACAUUGAAAAAGCCAAGGCUUUUCUUGUACCACAGAACACUACGACUUUUUUUGAGUGAAGAGUCCUUGGUUUCCAGAGCUGAUGCCAAAGUUAAGGAGCUGAGGCAAUCUCUUGAACAAAUAAAGGUUGAAAGUGAGAAGUUGGAGAAGAGGGCUUUAGAAGCAGAAGAGGAGAUGAGAAGGGGAAGAACAAAACUUAGACAGGCAGGUACUCAGAUCCAAGGCGUAAUUCGUUCAGCUUAUAAGAUUGAACAACAAGCAAGGGGCUUGAAAGAUAUCCUUGAAGAGCUUCCUCGAAGGGAGGCUUCUCAAUUUCGAUCACAGAAAAUUAACUAAUGAGCCGGAAGGCCUUAUUUGAGUUCCAGCCAUUGUUUCUAAGCUUGCUUCUGAGGCAAAGCGAGAGAGAAACGUCUUAAUGAAAGAAGUCACAAAAAUUAGUAACCAUGGAAUUUCAGUCUGAUUACUCUCUUGCUUGCUAUUUUUUCUUGUGUAUGGGACUCCUAUUGUUACAAUUUUUUCUGUUGCUCGAUUUUUAUUGUUACAGUUAUGUGUAUCUAAUAUGUAAAAGGAGAUGGAGUGUUUACAAUUUAGCACAAUAAAAGGCAAAAGUUUGUAA